GUGUGUGUGUGUUGCGUACCGGAGGGGUGCUCUGUCUCUACACACACACACACACACACCGACAGCCGCAAAUCCACUUCGGAGCAUCAAUGAGCGGAGGACGGGAAGAUGCGGACAGCAGCGGUCUGUGGCGGAUCUACCGGGGCGUGUAAAAGCAGGACUACAUGAGUGUACAUGAGAUAUCUGAAUGCUUGUAUUGUCGGCAUUGUUGGAUUUUUUUUUCUGGACGUGUAUCGAGACUGCAAUGGAGCGUCGAUCCAACGCGUGAGAUCUGCUGACCGUCUAUUUGUAAGCUCAUAUUAGAGACAAUAAGCGAAGGAAAUUAGCCAUUAGACACAGUGGCAUCUCAUCAUUUGUGCUGGUUAUUACAGGAGUCGGUGUUAUUAGUCUAUUUUCCUUGAAUAUGAUCAAGAAGCCAUACUGAAUUUGUUAUUAAUGGUAAAGAAAAAUCAAUGGUUACACAAUUCAUAGGCAGACAGGAGACUGAGGCAUCAUAAAGGGUCCCAGCUUGGUUUUAUUUAGAUUAUAUAAAUUAUUUGUUAUAUUAUUAUAAGAGAAGGCAGUCAUGUCAAAGAAUAAGAGCAGUGAGUCAGUGAAGGUGGUAGUUCGAUGCCGCCCUUUGAACCGGAAAGAGGAGUCCAAUGGGCCUGCAGGGGGCAUCGUCCAGAUGGAUCUCCGGCUCGGGCAGGUAAUCCUCAGAAACCCUCGAGCACCAGCCAGUGAUCCUCAGAAGACGUUCACAUUUGAUGCAGUUUAUGAUGCAAGCUCCAAACAACGAGACCUCUACGAUGAAAGUGUGCGGCCGCUGAUAGACUCAGUGCUCGCAGGGUUCAAUGGCACCAUAUUCGCAUACGGGCAGACUGGGACUGGGAAGACAUACACCAUGCAAGGGGCAUGGAUGGAUCCAGAGAAACGGGGUGUGAUCCCCAACGCCUUUGACCACAUCUUCACGCACAUCUCCCGCUCACAGUCUGAUAAGCAGUACCUCGUGCGGGCGUCGUACCUUGAGAUCUACCUGGAGGAGGUUAGGGAUCUCCUCGAUCCCAAACACGGCAGUGCCAGAGCCCUGGAGCUCCGGGAGAGUCCAGAAUCUGGAGUGUAUGUGCGUGACCUUACGUCAUGUGUCUGCAAGAGCAUCAAGGAGAUUGAGGAGGUGAUGAACAUGGGCAACCAGGCAAGGGCGGUUGGGGCGACAGACAUGAACGAACACUCGUCUCGGUCCCAUGCCCUGUUUUUGAUCACGGUUGAGUGCAGUCAACCUGGACCAGAUGGGAGGAAACACAUCCGGGUCGGCCGCCUCAACCUGGUGGAUCUGGCUGGCAGUGAGCGCCAAGCCAAGACAGGCGUCCAGGGAGAGCGCCUGAAAGAGGCUGCCAAGAUCAACCUUUCAUUGUCAGCGUUGGGGAAUGUGAUCUCAGCGCUGGCCGACGGACGUAGCAGCCAUGUGCCGUACCGGGACUCCAAGCUGACCCGGCUGUUGCAGGACUCUUUGGGAGGGAAUGCAAAGACUGUCAUGGUGGCCACCUUAGGCCCCUCUUCCCUGCACUACGACGAGACCCUCACCACCCUCCGCUACGCCAACCGAGCCAAGAACAUCCAGAACCAGCCCAGAGUCAACGAGGAUCCCAAGGAUGCUCUGCUGCGUGAGUUCCAGAUGGAGAUCGCUCGCCUCAGGGCUCAGCUAAACCACAGGAAGUGGAGGAGCAAACAAAAGAAGGAGCAGGUGGACGGCGAGGCCUGGGAGAGAGACGAAGAUGAAGAGUCAGAGGGUGAGGAGGAGGAGGAGGAGGUCGUGGAGAAGGAUGCGGAGGAGUAUGUGAAGCUGGAGGAGCAACGGUUGGAGAUGGAGAAGGAGGCCAUCAAAGGAGAUCAAUUCAUGUUGGCCGAGGAGAAGCAAAGGCUCCUGGGAGAGAAGGAGAGGAUGAUGGGAGAUCUGAGGAAGGAGCAGGAAGCUACAGCACAGCUGACCGCCAAGUACAAGGCGAUGGAGAGCAAGCUGCUGGUUGGUGGAAAGAACAUCAUCGAUCACACCAAUGAGCAGCAGAAGAUGCUGGAGAUGAAAAGACAGGAGAUUGCUGAGCAGUCUCGUAACGAGAGAGAGAUUCAGCAGCAGAUGCUGGUCCAGGAUGAUGAGACGCUGGAGCUGAGAGAGACUUUCACGUCUCUGCAACAGGAAGUGGAGGCCAAGACCAAGAAACUCAAGAAGUACCUCAAGCUGUAUGCCAAGCUCCAGUGCAUCAAAGCGGAGAUCAAGGACGUGAACGACGAGCACGUGAGGAGCCGACAGGAGCUGGAACAAACUCAGAACGAGCUCACCAGAGAGCUCAAGUUCAAGUAUCUGAUCAUAGAGAACUUCAUCCCUCCAGAGGAGAAGAAUAAGAUCAUGAACAGACUGACCUUUGAUCCUGAGGAGGAUCAGUGGAAGUUUCAGCCUCUCGUUCCUGCUGAAAGGAAAUCCUCCCAGAUGAAGAAAAGACCGACAUCUGCAGUUGGUUACAAACGGCCAAUCAGCCAGUACGCCAGGGUUGCCAUAGCGAUGGGAGCUCACUCCAGAUACAGGGCUGAGAACAUCAUGUUUCUGGAGCUCGACAUGACUCCUCCGAACACCGCCACACUGGAGGCAGAGCCAAACCAAAGUCACUCUCUGGACAACUCGCCCAACAAGGACAGAGGCGUCCGUAAAUCUCGAUCCUGGUGUCAGACUCCAAAAUCCCUCACUUCCUCUUCUUCUAACGUUUCCUUGGCCGCCUGUCACACUGCCACACCCAUGGCAGCACAGUAAAGCUUUUUUUUUUUUCAUUAUUAAUUUUACUCUUACACUUCCUCUUCUUCUUUUACUCUUCCUCUUUUUGGCCAGUGAACCUCUACUCAAUGAGGCCUAUACAGCUGGGACACAAACACAACACCAUCAUCAUCUAUGCUGGCUACAUUCAAGAGCAGUUAAGGAAGCGAUCUCGUGACAGGAAGGUGAACCUCUCAAACACUAUAAAACAUCAGUUCCUCCUGGUGUACGGAUGUAAGGAUCCACCAGAACCUCUUCUUCCUUGCAUGUUUGCCUCGGAUCAUCCUUUUAAACCACUGGCUGCAGUGCUGGACUGUGUGUGUGUGUUAUCUGUAUAUACAGGGCUGUAUGACUGUGAACAAUACAGAUCCGAAGGCUCACAAACUGCUUGAAUUGCGUGUAAGAUAUCAGUGUAAAUAUUUCCUGUAUUUGGGGUUUUUCGGGGCACGUUUUCUGUGUAAAAAGGUAGAGACAGGCUUAGAGAGAGAUGAGAGUUUAUGUUCCUGUUGGCUGUUGUAAUUGAGCACAGUGGAAAAUAAUGAUGUUGGUCAGACGAGGUACUCUCAAACCUGAAUGAUGACCUUUUAUCAAAUCUGUUGUCUCGCAUUAUUCAUCUGUUCUGCCACAGUGUCUGAAAUUAAAAGCAAUGCCUUAAAAUAAUCUCAUUAAAAUGUAAAUAGUGUGGCAUGUCACAUUUCCAAAAAUCAAUGUAACUCCUUUAGAUCAAUGUCUAAGGUUAAUUAAACAAUUAGUAACCAUAGUAACAACAGUACAGUACUAAGUGAGUUUACUUACGGAAACUUGAAACUCAAAGUCUACGUACUAGCUAUCUUACUAGCUCAGAAAAAGCUGGAAACCAGAGCUACAGUUACUGAAUUAACCAACUCCCAACGCUACCAGUUAACUUACUGGUGAAACUAUGUCAACUGACCUGAACAAAAUAUUAUGAUUUAAACGGAAACAACUUUUGACCUUUUGCAUGUAGGGCCACUUAAUCAAAUCUUUAAAAAUAAUGGACUCAUUGGAGAAGGCGACUCUCUGCUUUACCUCGACCUUUCAUAUAUCAAGACAUUUUGUCAUGCCACAGAUUUGGGGGGUCCAUUUUUGUCUGAAUGAUGAUACAAAACUGGUUGGUAUCCUUGGUCCCUUAUCUACCUUAUAUGAUGAUGAUGAUGAUGAUGACAAAAGCUUAAUUUCCACAGCAUUUAAACAUUCAGGUUGGACAUACAGCACAGUAGUUGUUUAACAUACUGUUGGCCUAUGUACAGUAAAAUUUACAUUAUUACACCUGUUCACAGGUUCACUGUCAAAGUCGAAGCUGAAGUGUACCUUGUUUAGACAGCAGUCUGUAGUCAGGUGUGUACAGUUUAGUGUCACAGGGUUCUUUACCUGCUAGAGGUUAAGAGGAGCAGACGGUGGGGGUCGGGCUGCCUAAUUAUCACUGUAUUAUUGAUGCCAGAGAUCCAGUUACAGAUGAACCCCACUGAUAGGUAUACCUUUACAAGUGUAUAGAAACAACAUUUAUUACCAAUGUCGAUGCAAAUAUGGAUGUUUUUAACCAUUUUUACAAUACUUGAUACAUUAUAUUGCCCCCUUUUAGGUAGAAAAUUGAAUUGAAUAGAAUAAAAAUUGCUUGGUUUGUUUAACCAAUGGUCCAAAAUCCAAAGAAUUUCAGUUUAUAGUGAUAUUAAACAGAGACGAAACAGAGCAAAUCCUCAUAUUUGAGAAGCUGAAACCAGAAAAUGUUUGGCAUUGAGGCUCUGUUCACACUCAGCAAUAGAGUGUAGGCUACUAAAAUGAUCUGUCAUUAAAAAUAUCAGAGGGAUAAAAUGGCGAAAAUGCUGUUUUCAGUUAUAAAUAGUUAUAUAUAGUUGUUAUAAAUCUGUGUCAACCUACCUCCUCCACUGUCUUAACAAUUUACAGAUGCACACAUGAGGAUUUUAUGUGUAACCUCUGGUAUCCAAGUUUAUUUUUUUUUUUAAACGUGACAUUAAAUGCUUCGUGGCAUUAAUGGAAAAUGUUCAUGUUUGUGCUGUUUAACGAAGGUUAGAAUUCAUGCAACAAUACCUUUAAUUAAGUUACCACCAAAUGGAAGUGUAUAACUGUAAGUUGGGUUGAGUAUCUGUAAGUGGCAACCAGCCACAGAGGUUGUGGCUCAGCGUCACAGUUUUUGAGUUUCAAACCGAGUCUUUAGAAACAUGUCUAUGAAAAUCUGUUGUACAUUUAUUUUGAAAUGUUUCUAAGCAUGAGAUAGUCUACCAGGCCACAUUUCAGGGCGCCAUUCGUCAGAUCAAGACGUUUAAAUAUUGAUUUUUACGAAACUAUUCCAAAAACAGCUCCUUUAAAUGUUAUCUGGGUAACGCAGCAUCAGUGGCCUCAAAAUAUCCAUGAAUUAUGGGUCUAAAAAUAGGGCAGACAGUGAUGCAAGGAUGAACGUGAUUGGGUUAAAUAAUUUAGGAACUAUGGAAAAACAACCAGUUAGCACCAGUCUUGCCUCUUAAUGUUUCUCAUUUAUAAACAUUUUAGUCUGUAAAAUCGUUCAUGUACGUCUCCCAUCUGUGUCAGGGCUGUAUAUAACAUUGUGAAUGUGUAUUUGUGUGUGUGUGUGCGUGUGUGUGUGUGUGUGUGAUGGCUGUGGGGGUUGUGGGGGAUGGAGGGAGGAUGAGAGGGAGGAUGGUAGACGGACAGAUGCAGGGUUUCCAAAGACAAUCAGGAAGUGAGGAACGAUUGUGGAGGAGGAGGAGGUGGUUACUGAGCCUGUUUCCAUGGUAACCUGCCAGUAAAGGGUAUUGGAAUGGGGAUGGGGUUUCUUUUCUGUGUAUCUAUAUGUAUGUAUGUAAUGUAUGUAACCAGACGGGCUGAGCUCAUGUCUGGCUGACAAAAAAAAUUAAAUAAAAAUUAAUAAAUCAAAUAAAGAGAC